GUGGUGUCAUAGAGAAAUAUUCGUGAUCGUACAACUCGCAGAAAAACUUAUUCCAAAUGAUGAAUUUUACUUCUUAUAUUAACUAUGUAUUACAUUCUUAAAAAUAUGGUAGUGUUGUGCGGUAACUUGGUACAAAUAUAACAAGGAAAUAUUAGUUAAAAUAACUCAUUAUGAACUGUCAUCAAGUACUUAGUGGUGCCUGUAAUUCAGGAGAUCAAUGUUUUGCUGUUGGUUCAGUCGAAGGGAUACCUUUUACUGCAUAUGCAGCAGGAUGUAAUAUAGUGAUACUUGCUUCAAACUUUGAACGUGUUCAAAUAAUACCUGGUGCCAUCCAUGGCUAUGUUCGUAUUAGCUCUCUUGACUGCAGCACUGAUACCGGAAAAAUUGCCGCAGCAUAUGGUGCAGAAGUGUGUAUUUUUGAACCAACACCUCUAAUACAUACGGCUGCCACUACUCAUGGCCUAGAAUAUCGGUGGGUGCAAACAGGCAAACUGGUGGCGGAUGGUCCGAUCACUGCUCUUUCAUGGAACCUAGAAGGCACGCGGCUCCUUACCGGAGGCAAGAUCCUACAACUAUGGCACCAAGCAUCGCUAUAUCAGGACGACAGUCAACCAAGCUCAGGCGUCACAUUCCAAAUAGGUGGAGAUAAAGAUGAAAAAAUAAAGCCUCCCGAAGAGGAAGAGCCUGAUUGGAUAUGUGUAUGGCAAUGUCACACAGCGACGCCUGCGCACCAUCUCGCGUUCUCUCCGGACGGCGUGCUGUUCGCCACCUCCGGCGUCAACGAUAGGCUCGUCAAGAUAUGGUAUCAAAAUAAAGUAUUAGUUCAAGCGAAUAGCGAACACAACCCACCCGAUCUGAACUACACGUUCAUUUACGUAGCACACCCGCGGGCCGUCACACAUCUGUCAUGGCGAAAAACCAGCAAGUAUAUGCCCAAGGGCAGCGUAGGCAACGUGUUAGUGACGUCAUGCGUGGACAACAUCUGCCGCGUGUGGGCGGAGACGCUUCUCCCGGAGGACGAGUGGGGUGGCUGCGUCACCGCGCACGCGCGCUCCCCGCCGCGCCGACAGCGCGCCACGCACCGACACAAGCACCGCUUUAUGCAGCGCUUGAAGCACAUGAAAACAUGUUUCCACAUCCGGCGGACGGCGCAGUCGUCGAAGCAGCCGGGAGCGCCGAUACCCACGCUCCCCUCCACGUACAGUGCGCACGAUUUUCAUAAUCCCUCCCACACUACGUCCUACACCGGAGGUCUCCAUUUUCAUCUAGCGGCAUCUAUCAACGCGGAAACCGACAUCCCGCUUGUACCGUCGCUUGCUGGCGGCGGUCGCUUCAUAUUGCACUGGUUACACAAUAAGGAGAUGCACUUCACGAGCCAAGCUGAGGCGAUACUACACGAUCUUACUAAAAAAAUUUUAGAUAAAGAAGAAACGGAUGAGGGAGGUUCUGGGUCAGAACACACAACACAUCCGGAUGGAGAGAAUGAAACAACUAGUGGCAACCACAGUCACCCCAGCUUAUCCAACACAACAUCUAUAAACUCGAUAGCGACGGACGUCACAUGUACGCAUCUACCAGAUUCGCUUGAUGCUAAAAUAGAGGCCCUGCUGCGGGACUGGCACCAGAGUCCAGAUUUAUUGUUUUCUAUACAUCCCGUCGACGGCAGCUUCCUCAUAUGGGUGUGCGAGUGGCUGGACGAGCUGCAGGCGGGCGCCAUCCGGCAGGCGCAGGUGUCGUUCUCGGCGCGCAUCCCGUCCGCCUUCCCGCUGGGCGACGCCACCACCAUGUGCACGCCGGCCGCGCUGUACCACGCCGCCGCGCAGCCGCUCUACGUGCGCCACCGCACCAAGCCCGUGUCGCCCGGUCAACCUCAAGGCGAAACUGUUACGACACCCCUAGCGAGCGUACAAGAAGAAAAAGAGGAAACGGAGUGGCCACAGGGCGACGACAAAGCUACCCAACAGGACAACAGUACGCGAGAGGAGCAUAAUAAUGAAAUGAAAAGAAAAUCAAGUGUCGCUACAGAAGAAAACAAUGAAAAUCAAGAGGGAGACGUUUUGGAGUCUGCGCCCGUCAUCUCAAUGGUGACGAAUCACACUAAUGGAACAUUGAACUUGUGGCAAUUAACAUUCGAUGACAAAUCGAAAUUUUCACAGGUGCUAUCAAUCGGACACGCUUCUAGAGCAUCCGGACAUAGAUUUAGAGUUAACGACAUCACAUGCCAUCCAGUAUUACCAUUAUUACUUACUACAAGUCACCACAAUAUAUCAGACAACGAGCGCGACACGGCGGGCGCGGACGUGGACGCGGCGGCGGGCGGGCUGUGCUCGGAGCUCAUCAUGUGGCGCGUGGAGUGCGUGGGCCCGCUGGGCAAGUCGGGCGGCGUGGCCGAGCUGGCGCGCGUCAACUCGCCGCACCUGUCCGCCUUCAGCAACGUGGCCUGGCUGCCUACGCUGCUGCCGAGCACUACACUUGGAAAUUUGUCAAAUUCUCCUUCCGCCUGUUUCGUGGCCAGUGACGGUGAAAGCUUAAGACUGUUUCAAGCGGUUAUCGAUGCGCGGACGUUACUAGCUGAGAUCGCUACCUCGGAAAGGCGCCAUAAAGAUGUACUGCAUCACGACACCAUGUCGAUGUCGUCGGAUUCAACGAUCGAAGACGGCGGAGUGCCUCUGCACGACCGCAUCAAGAUCGUGUCCCAGCAGUCCACGGCGCGACCCGGCGCCAUUAUCCAGCUGCACGCCAUCGCCGACGCGACACACGACUGGCACAACACACAACUGUUGCACGUGUUUCAAGAGCAAUUAAUUACCGGUGAACGAACAACAAGCGAUACAGAAAGUUCGGAUUCAGGCGUAGAAGGUCCUGAAGUCAACACAAUCACAGAAGCUGGUUUAGAAGCAAUAGUAGAUUUGAGAAAGGCUGCGGUUUUCAAUGAACCGUUUUAUAUCGUUGUCUUAGAAAGAACUGAUGGUGGCUCUACGGUACAUAUGUGGAGACUUACUGUAUCUUCCCAGGCUGAUCCUUCUGAUGAUUUUACAAAUAGUAUGAUGUACGUGCCGGAUAGUGCCCUAGUGCAAGAGGAAGAAGGAGAAUCUAGAAAGAAUUCUGUGUCAAUGGAUACAGACCGACCUGCUGCACCCGCUGUUAAUUCACACCUCUCUAUCACAACUAAAAAGGUAUGCGAGUGUCCGCUGUCGCUGCCCGAUGGCGUUGAUGUAAUUCACGCAACUCCUGCUGCAGGACAUCUGAGUUCAGCCUCUAUUUAUCCAGCCUGUUUAGCGCCAUACAUACUAGCCACGGCUUGUUCCGACAGCACCUUAAGGUUUUGGAAAUGUAACGUUAGUAAAAAGGAAAACGACGAUUUCGAGUACACGUGGAAGGAGUGGGAAAUGAUGAACAAGGAUCAAGAGUCUACCAUAGACAUUCCAGGUCAGCCGCUGCACAUCAGCGCGGCGUACUCGGGCCGCAUCGCGUGCGCGUACAAGUGCGGGCGCUCCUUCACGCGGCCGCGCGCGCCCGGCGGCGCCGCGCCCGACGCGCGCUUCGUCAACCUGUGCGUGUGCGUCUACGAGUGCGAGAGCACGGGCGGCGCCGAGUGGCUGCUCGAGGACACCAUCCCGCUGCGCAACGUCAGCCUGCCGCGCGUGGGCGUCUGCGCCGACACGCAGAUCGACCUCUCCUAUCUGCACGACACCUCCUUCAUGCAGAAGAAGCAGAGGCUGACGCAGGUGUUACAAACGUUGUCCUCCGACGAGAGCCGCAAUAACCGCAACGGCGAGGGCGAUACCGGCAAGUCGGCCGGUCUUCUAGCGGUCCCGUCGUUCAGUACUCUCCAGUCUUUGCGCCGGAGCAUUAUGGAGAACGGCAACACGUGCCCGCUCACUCAGAAACAUCUCGUCCAACUCGACUGGGUGUCUAAGGAAGAUGGAUCGCACAUAUUGACGGUUGCCGUUGGUUCCCGCGUGCUUCUUUUCACACCAGUUUCUAGUGACUUGGCGCAAGCUAAUUUAAAGGCUAUGAAAGAAUCAAUAAAUAAUAACCGGCCAAUACUCCGGAAAGCGUCUUCGUUAGCUGCACCGUUAUUCGUUGAGGAAAUACGCUGGAUGCAGCUACGAAGAAUCCAAUUGAAGACGGCCGAUGGUUUGCCACCUUUACCAAUGCAGAUAUCUUGGGUCCGAGACGGAAUAUUAGUUGUUGGAAUGGACUCUGAAAUGCAUGUUUACUCGCAGUGGAAGCCCGAAACUCCUCAGAUUUCUUCUGGACAAGCAAUGAAUCAGGAACAAGAGGAAGGCGGUGAAUCGCGUGCACUCCGUGAUUCUGAUUUACGGAUAUCCGCACCGCACUUACAACGGGUGUCGUCUAUUAAUCUCCAGCUGUUAGAACGCGAUGCUAGAAGAAGAAACAAAACACAACCCGAUCAACCACAACCUCUUCUGGACUACAUGCCAGACUAUGGUUUAUUCGAAGCAUCACAAAUGGCUUGUCCGGUGUUACCACAGUAUCAUCCCAAGCAACUGAUGGAGCUACUUAAUAGCGGAAAAAUUCGAUGGGUCAAAGCCAUUCUCGCUCAUUUAGUCAGGUGUAUGGGUGGUACAUACACGAGUCGUAGUUCCCAAGGUGACGAGGAUAGUUUAUCUAGACAGCGCGGGUGGUCGCGGUCGCGCACGCUGUCCGUGUCGUUCGCCGCGGGCGCCGCCUCGCCGCUAGAUGGCGCCGCACAGAUAACCGAAGAUGUGCAGCUCGAUUAUGCAGAGCUGACAUCAGUACCGCCAUUACCUCUCUGGACCUUACUUGUCGCGGACAAGGAGUCCGCACAUCAUCCGUCCACUAUUCAAGAAGCUAAGGAUUAUAAUGAACUAUUUGAAGGAACUAUGGAAGUAGAAGAAGAUCUUGAUGCUCUUUUGCUAGGCGAGGACGAAGGCAUCGACCGUCGACCUUCGAUGCCGGAACGACAGCCCCUUUCACACUUUGGACCACGACAAGGACGCAUCCUCUCGCGGCUCCUAACUCAUACGCACCUCCCCGGAUUGAGCUCACUGGACCAGAUGCAUCUGCUCGCUCUAGCGGAUACGGUGUCUACAUGCGACGCGGACUUCGCAGAGCGGCUAACGAACAACGCGAGAGUAGAUGUGGCUCAGGGCGCCGGACAAGAGAUACUACCUGACUCAUUAGACGACUGCGGGCUGCGAUUCCUCCUCGCUAUGAAGCACUACGGCUACCUGCUGCGCUGCCUACCGCUGGCCCAGCGCGCCACGCUGCAGCGCACCGGCGUCGGCACCUGCAACCUCGUGUGGGCCUUCCACUCGGAGACGCACGAGCAACUGCUCGCUCUCGUGCCGGGUUACACCAAGGGGCAGCCGAAGUGGUCGACUAUGAGAGAAUUAGGCGUGGGCUGGUGGGUGCGCGGGGACUUGCUGCGAAUAUGUGUGGAGCGACUCGCGCGCGCCUCUUACAUGGCCAAGCAGGACCCCAUGGACGCCGCGCUCUACUACCUAGCCAUGAAGAAGAAAACGCUACUAUGGGGGCUGUUCCGCUCCAAUCGAGACGACAAAAUGACCUCGUUCUUUGCGAAUGACUUCGGUGAGGAUAGAUGGCGCAAAGCGGCGUUGAAAAACGCAUUCGUUUUACUGGGAAAGCAACGUUUUGAACAUGCGGCAGCAUUUUUCUUAUUGGGUGGAGCCUUGAAAGAUGCGUUGGAGGUACUCAUAACACGAUUAGGAGACCUACAACUGGCAAUGGUGGUCGCACGUCUAUAUGAAUCGGAUAACACUUUGCCCAGCAGCUUGAGGAAAUUACUAAUGGACGAGAUACUGGGCGGCGACACCGAGGAGGGCGACGUGGACCUGGAGCGCGCGCACCCCGACCCGUUCGUGCGCUCCAUGGCGCUGUGGGAGCUCAAGCGGCACGGCGAGGCGCUCGACACGCUGCUGAGCCCGGCCGGCCGCCUGCACGCCGCGCGCGACAACGAGCCCAUGCCCAGCGUCUUCAACUUCUACGUCUACCUGCGCACGCACCCGCGCCUCAAGCGCAACAACAUGCCCAGCCAGGGUGGCACCCUAGCCCUCCUCCAGCAGGAAGCGGAGGAAGGCAUAACGCGGCUAGAACGCCGCCUGUACUUCCAAACGGCGCACGGACAUUUUAAGGCGGGUUGUCCGGCGCUGGCUCUCGAGGUGCUCUCCAAGCUGCCGGCGCGAGUGCGAGAGGAGAAGGUCCGGCAGCCGCCCGUGUCUGCGCCCUCCGUGGACGACAGCGUCAUUCACACGGGACAGCUGGUUGAAGACACGAUUGUCAAAAAAGAAGAAGAUACUAUGGAUUGGGGUAAACCAGCCGUAGACGUAGACUGGGGCGCUCCAGUCGCAACUACUAAGACUGAUGAACUCGUUCUUAGUUGGGACGACGAUGAAGAAGAAAAGUCAGCCGGUUCGGGAGCGUCUACGCCACCAAUAGAAAUAAAAAUGAACAAGACAGAGGAACCCGCUGUAAAAGAAACUAUUGAUACGGAAAAAGAGGAAGAACCUCCCACAGUCGAUAUAAUGGCACAGCAGCUGAAGUUUGUCGCUUGCCUCAAGAUAUUGAUGGAGGAGCUUAGUACACUGGCGACCGGCUUCGAAGUUGACGGUGGUCACCUCCGCUACCAGCUGUACAUCUGGCUGGAGCGCGAGGUGGAGGCGCUGCACCGCCUGUGCGGGUACGUGUCCGCGCCCGGCGCCGCGGCGGGCGGGGAGCUCAUCUGCGCCGACGGGGAGUCGCUGCCGCUGCCGGACAAGCCCACCUUGCAUCAGCUGCUCAUCAGGGAGAAGGCGGACUUUGAGGCUAAGGUGCAGAGAGCGGUGCGACGCAAGAAGUGGUUGAAAGCCAACGAAACCCUUCUGCGCACUCUGCUAUCGUAUUGCUCGCUUCACGGCGCUGGAGGAGGCGGCCUGGCCUCUGUGCGCAUGGAACUGGUGUUGCUGCUGCAAGAACUGGGUCAAGACAAGCAGCACCAGCAGUUGCUCUCGCCGCUGCCUUUCCCCACUACGCUGCCACUGCUUGCCGCAGCUGUGGCCACGAACAACACCGUUGUUGCCGAUCCCGUCAGGCAUUUACAGGCCGUGGCGCACGACAUGCUGGGCACGAUCGGCGAGCUGGGCGUGCCGGGCGGCUCGGCGACGCGCAUCCUGCACACGCUGCGGGAGCUGGCGGUGGCGCUGUCCGCCUGCAUCUACCAGAGCCUCUGCGACUCCGACACCUUCAGCGUCAAGCACACGCAGCACUACGAUGGUAUGAUUGCCGAUACCCCCGGUACUACUAACCUACUUGUCAGACCGCGGCGAUAUUCUACUGAAGAUCUUACAGUUACAACGCCUCCUAACAAAUGGCCAGGUGUGUCAGCCCUACGUGGGCUAGCUCUUCGCGCUGCAGAGGAGGAAGAGGCUCCCAGACUUCCAGUCCUUCUAGCGGAAGCUUUCUGUGCAGUCUACUUAGCCCUGCUAGGGUGGGCCUUAGCGGCUAGAGACGCGCACUUACUGUACAGAUUAGCGGCUCAUACUGCAGAUAAUAAGGCUCAUGCGAAGCUCUUCGGUGGAGGCGUUAGAAGACUGCUGACUACAGCACCUGCUCAGCCACAGCCGAAACUAGUUGAGCGAACCGAAGGCACCUCGGUUUGGUCAUCCCUGCGGGAAAAGAGAGCUCUGUUGCACAUGCGACUGUUAGGUUUGGGACCUACCGCGCCACAUAAGAACAUUCAAGAAGGUCGGCCUACAUACAGGGAACAGUUUGUUCCACCACUAUGCAGCAUACUGACUUUCCUACUCACAAAGCCUACUGCUGAACAAGACCCUGAAAACAAUGAUUACGAUUCAGCCGAAUCAGGAGCCGAAGAUGCAGAUGAAAGUGGAAGCGAACCAGACGACGAUGAUAUCUUCGACACCUCUAAUACAAAAACUGAGAAGCGUCGCAAGGGCCCGAACACGGAACACUGCGAUGCGGACUCGUACUCGUGGUACGUGAUGCGCGUCGCCGUGCUGCGACUCGCGCAGCACAAGCUGCAGAACUUCCUGCAGCUCUGCGGGAUCGAGAUGUCUGAAUUGGCAACAACUAGUCCCACUGUGCACGGGGCGCUCCGUCGCGUAGAGCAGUGGCAGCAACAACUCACUGAGACGCUGGAGUCGCGCGCCGCCCCGCCCAACUACAUCCCGGGCUGCUUCCCCGACCAGCAGACGUCUGGUCCGCCCAUCAACAAAUACAGAUGCCUCUUGGAAAAACAUAAUACGCCAUUUAAUACGGCGUUGUUUAGUACGGCACCGGCCCAACGACUAUGGAACUUCUUAGUUCGACAAGAACAAGUCCAAGAGGUGUUCAUCCGCGCGGUGUUCUCGCGGCGGCGCGCGGCGGGCGCGGCGCGCGCGGCGCCGGCGCGCGCGGACGACGAGCACGGGCCCGUGCGCAUCAUACACAAGGAGCAGGACUCCAUCGCCGCCUUCUGUCUCAACCGCGUAGGCGGUGGCCUCCUUGCAGUCGCUACGGCUCGAGAAGUUCAGGAGAUGGACGUUUCCUUGCUACUGAAAGGUGGCGCCUGCUGGGCGGAGGAUGAGUGUGAAGUGGAUCUUUUAGCUCUCUCCUCAGAUCCUGCGUCGUUGCCGGACACCGGCUUCCUGCUUAUACAACAUCAAGAUAAAAAUAACGGCAGUUCUGUACCUGGUACUGGUAACAGUUCGCCACUCAACCCCAACGCACCACAAGCUCCCGUGGGCAUGGCCAGCCAGACCGGAAGAGGUGCUAGCGUGCACGAGCGAAGGGCAAGCCAAUCAAAGCCAACUGGUCACGAAGCGUACGUUGUCACAGUACUAAAACACAAAAUUGACAAUAUUAAGCGAAUGGCAGCACAUCCUUCCCAACCAUUAUACCUGACGGGUGGUGCGGACGGCUCGGUCCAACUGUGGGAGUGGGGCCACCCGUCGUGCGUGUGGUCGCCCCGCGCGCCGGGCGCCUUCGCUAAGGUGACGCGCGUGCGCUUCUCCGACUACGGCAACAAGUUUGCCGCGUCGGACGCGGACGGCAACCUGGCGCUGUGGCAGCUGCACCCGUCCGCGUCCGCGUCCGUCGCCGCCGGCGUCGCCAACCAGGCGCACGCCUCGCCCCGACCAUUCUUUACCCACCAGUGUCACAGUAAAGGAAUAAGCGACUUCGUUUUCCUAGGUUCCUGUAGUUUAGUCGCGACAGCGGGCCACAGCUCCGAGAGUAAGAACGUGGCCAUUUGGGAUACGUUGAUGCCGAUCAAAAAAGCUUUAGUAGUUUCGUGGACGUGCCACGAGGGCGGCGCGGCGUGCGUGGCGUGGGCGGGGCAGGCGGGCGCGCUGGUGUCGUGCGGGCGGCGCGGCGACGUGCUGGUGUGGGACCUGCGCGCGCGCGUGCCGCGCCACAAGCUCAACGCGCACCACGCGCCCAUCAAGUGCGUGGCGCUGUCGCCGCGCGAGGACUACUACGCCAUCGGCGCCGCCGACGGCGACAUCAAGGUGUUCUCGCUAGCGACGCAUCAGCUACUGCACACAUUCGCGGGUGAACAUGCGAGGAGCUCGUUCUUCAAGCACAUCGGCCAAGGCGUAACGCAAAUACAUAUAGAUGGAGCGGGACGGCUGUUCUCGUGCGGCGCGGACGGCACCAUGAAGGUGCGCAAGCUGCCCGAGCGCGACGCGCCGCACCACGCGCACCACCCGCACUACCCGCACUACUCAUAGAGUGGAGUUUAAGAUCCGAUUUAUCGAGGAGCCGCGGUCCGAGUCCCGAUAUGAUGUGUUUGUUCUUCGCUGUUCAUAUCGCGCGAUGAUUAUACGCCGUUAGACUAGUCACUGAGUAGGCGAUGUUGUAUCUUAUAGCGUAAUACAAAUGUUUAUGAAUCUUUAGUUGUAUCUAGUACGAAAUAUUCGCUAUUUUUAUCUUAAGCUCGUCCUAGAUGAGAUAAACGAUGGUGGGAAGUCAAGUCUUCGAGUGCAAUAACUCUUUGCAAACUUAUGAAUACGACCGCAGUCGGAGCCUUUACCUUGUUAACGAUACUGAGAUAUUUAGCUUGUACGAGUGCACAUACUCUUAUACUUGUAACUUGUUGACGCAUAAUAAAAUAUAUACUUCUAUUUACCGUACGUUUGUUGUCGUGGCUUGAUAUGUGUAAUGUUUAAAUAUAUUUAUCUAUAUACUCGCAUUGUCCGUUCGCGACGUACGUCCUACGAACAUUUCGAAACAUUCAUUGUAAUCUAUAACAUUUAAUAAAAAAAUAAUAUUCUUCAAUUCGCACAUCCUAUAUUAGUAGGUAUAAGUGUUUAUAUUUAUUUAUAUGAAUGUGAUGUUUUUGAAAUUACACGUCCACAUUGAUUUCUAAAGCAAUACGUUCUCUAAAAUCAUAAAAAAUUAAGCAAUAAAAAUAAUAUACAUAACAUUACGCUCUGACGAACAGUAUUAUUGAUCACAGAAUGAUAGGUGGCUGCGAUAUUAUUUUUUAAAACUAUUUUUACACAAAUGCCACGAACGGUACAUGUAUGUGUGUGUAUAUUGUGAUAUAAUCUGGCAUAAGACGUCAGACCGGCAUUUUAUUCCAGUAAAUUACAAAAUUAUUUUUAUUUACUAAUUAUUUGGUUAUAAUAAAGACGUAUAUAUCACUUAUUUUUAUAACUUCAUUAAACCUUAGUUUUUUAUUUAAUUUUUUAUAAGGUUUUAUAAAACUAAUCGUAUGUAUGCUCCCAAUUACGGUAUUUUUAACUUCAGCAUUUUUUUCUUUUAUUAAUUUAUUAUUAACAUAUGUAUUAGGCACUAUAUCGUUUACUUUAGCACCCUCUAAUAAAAAAAAUUUAAAGUCAUAAAAGACGCAUACUAUAUUUUCAAUUUAAAUAUACGUACCUACUACACUCUUAGACAGUUAUGUUGUUUUUAUCGGUUAACUAAUUGUAAUGUUUUAGGUUAAUAUUAUUUAAUCACCAAAGUUAUGUACAGCAUGUAUUAUUGAAAUUAAAUUUAAAUGAGUUACCAAAAUUUUAGAUCAUGUUUUUUGAAAUUUGCACAAUUAUUACAUAGACAAUAGCUUAAAUAAAAAUUAAACAAAAAAAACAUAAAACACUCGUUUCAAUUCAUGUCAAAUAAUUAAAUUAAGAUCAAUUCCUAAUCGUGUUCAAUCUUGCAAGUAAACUUUCUUUGUAUAAAGCUUACGAUACAAGAAAAAUAGAGCGAUUCUAUAUCCACUUUUAAUUUAACGUUUAUUCAACAACAAAACAUACCUUGCUACCUUCAACUUCUAUUUUUUCAGUGUGCAGUAUUUGAAUUAUAUUAUUAGUGUUACAAUCUUAUGGGUGAUCAAGUUUGUAAAAAAUAAAUUCCAAUAUAAAAGGUUUAAUUUUAAUUGUGAUUUACUUGAAUUAUACAUAAAUGGAAAUUGUGUAAAAUGUAAAUAUCUAAUUGUAUGUAUUGUUUAUAUAUUAAAAAUUAGUUCAAUUAAUUUGAUUGAUACGAGUUCGAUUUUAAUAAAGGAAAAUAGUAUUCAUUCUCAUCGUGACGAUUUAUGUAUAUACAUUAUAAAAAUCCUAUAUAAUAUGAAUAUAUUUUUAAAUCAAUUUAUUGAUUACAGUUCGUGCGAGUUUCAAAAAGUAUCGAAUUUUGUUUUAUCAGUAAUAAAAUUUCACUAAAUUGUUAAAAAAUACAUAUUUACUACAAUAUUGACGACGUAUGUUUUUACGAAUACCUCUUAGAUCAAUUUUGAAGAAUUAUCGACGUGUAAUAAAUUCACGUUACAUAAGUGUCAAAAUAAUUGAAUUAUAGACAAAUGAUAAUAUUAAAUGCUUAUUUUGUUUUAUUAAUGAAAGAACGUUUAAAAUAAAGUU